AUGGCUGCUUAUCAUGAUCACCCUCUAAGUGGUCAUUUUGGCACUGGAUGUACAUGGCCUACGUUAAGAAACACAUAUUAUUGGCCACGUAUGAAAGACACAAUAACAUCUUAUAUUAAAUCCUGUGAUAAAUGUUCACAAUUUAGUAUGGAUUGGUGGGGAUCCACCACCACUUCGCUUUCUGGAAAUCGAUAUGUUUUAGUUAUCACUGAUCGUUUGUCUGGUUAUGUUUUCGCUAAAGCAUCACCUACAAAUACAGCUCAAGAUACUGCUCGGUUCUUAAUCGACGAAAUUAUUUUAGUACAUGGUUCACCAGACGUAAUUAUUACCGAUUAA